AUGACCGUUGACGAGCUCAAUGCACUGCCAACACCCGAGUCCAACAGCGAAAACAAGGCGCCAGCGCGAAAAGCGCGUGGAACAGUUGCGCAGGCUAAGAAGGCGGCUCUGGCGACCAAGGCGACUGCUAAGGGCAGACCGGCGACGCGUCGAGUGAGUGGCAGUAGUGUGGUAUUCAUGAAGAAGACGGGGGCAGGGGUGAAGAAAGCGUCGGCAAAAGGUCGCAAAGCGCUGAUUGAGUGUACGGAAAAGAAUGCUAGCGAUACGGAGGAAGUAGAGGAGUUUGAGGAGGAAGAGGUGGCAGCGCCGGCUAAGCCAGCUAAGAGGGGCAGGCCAGCGAAGAAGGCGCAGGAGGAGGAGGAACCAGUUGAAGAGGCUGCACCAGCGCCAGCGAAAAGGGGACGCAAAGCAGCUGUGAAAGAGCCAGCAACGAAGAGGGAAACAAAGGCGAAGACGACCGCAAAGUCGAAACGCGCGCCAGAACCCGAGCCCGAGCCCGAACAGAUGACGAUACCAGAGACACAGCCAGAGCCAGACGCAGACCCAAUGGAUAUCUCAGAGACGAUAGAAGUGGACGAGAUACCUGAAAGCAUGCCCCCACCACCGCCAUCGCGACCCUCAGCACGUCGAGCCCAAGCAAAACCAAACAGCAGGGCACGACGAGCCUCGGCCGGUGUGAGACGAACAGGAAGCGUCUCAGACUCUGAGCGAGAUCCCGUCAUGCGACGAAAAGUAGGCGAUCUAACAAGAAAACUGGAUGCCAUGACAUCCAAAUACGAAACCCUAAGGGAAGCAGCAUCAUCAGGCAAAGAGACAAACUUUGAGCAGCUCAAAAAACGAACCGAUCAAAUCGCAAAAGACCAAGACGCCAUCAUAACUGCCCUGAAAGCCCAAAUCACAACCCUCCAAUCCCACACCUCGACCCUCCCAACCCUCAAACAAGAACUCCUCUCCGCCUCCAAAGAAUCCCUACGCCUCGCCACCGAAAACAAGAAGCUCACCGAUGCCCUCGCAACCGCACAUUCGGAGAAUAAAAUCCUCUCCAAUAAACUCUCCGCCGCACGCUCUUCCUCGCAGCAACAAGACUCUGGUAAAACUGUGCCUGGUAGCGCUAUGAAACCGAGGACAACGGGCGUCGUGCUACCGGGUACCGCGGAGGCAGCACGCGAGGCGGCGCUGGCGAAACAUAAAGUUGAUCUUUACAGCGAUUUGACGAAUCUGGUGGUGCUGGGUAUGCGGAAGAAUGAGGAGGACGCUGAUGUUUAUGAUUGUAUACAGACUGGGCGUAAUGGCACCCUACACUUCCACCUCACCGUCGCCAACCCCUCCCCCUUCACCUCUUCCUACGAAGACACGGAAUUCGUAUACCAGCCCCUGCUCAACGAACAGCGCGAUAGAGAGUUACUAGACCUAUUGCCUGAUUAUCUGACAGAGGAGAUUUGUUUCCCGAGGGGUCAGGCGGCGAAGUUUUAUUGCAAGGUUAUGGAUAGUAUGAGUAAGAAGGUGGAGAUUGUGGAGGAUGAGGAUAUGGAUGUGGACGGUGGGGAGGGGACGGAGGUGGACGGUGUGACGGAGGGGAGCGAGGUUGUGGGGUAG